AGGUUGGGCUGGGCCAUGGCCUGUGGGAGGGCCUGGACUGGGAGGCCUGUGGCUGGGCUAUGGGAGCUGGAGGCCUUUUACACUUCAAAGAGCAAAAUGGCAUGGAGCUGCCUGUCCUCAGAUGUUCGUACUCCUGCAUCCUCUUGUGCAGUCAAGUCUGUGUUGGCCAGUCGAGCUAUCAAGACAAACCAGGACCUUCUGCCAGAGACACCAUGGACCCAUAUAUUCUACAAUGACUUCUGGGGAACGCUUCUCACUCACAGUGGGAGCCACAAGUCCUACAGACCUCUCUGCACUCUCUCCUUCCGCAUCAACCAUGCCAUCGGAGGGAUGGACCCGUGGGGUUACCAUCUUGUAAACAUCCUGUUGCAUGCUGCAGUCACAGGCCUUUUCACAAACUUCUCCAGGAUCCUCUUCGGGGAUGGGUACUGGACCUUGAUAGCUGGUUUGCUGUUUGCGUCUCAUCCGAUCCACACCGAAGCCGUAGCGGGGAUAGUGGGGAGGGCAGACAUUGGAGCCUGCCUCUUCUUUUUGCUUUCCCUGAUGUGUUACGUGAAGCAUUGCUCUACAAGAAGUUCCUCAGCUAGAACUUGGGGCUGGAUCUUGGGAGCAGGACUGUGUGCUGGAUGCAGCAUGCUGUGGAAGGAGCAAGGAGUGACUGUUCUGGCAAUUUCAGCAGUGUACGAUAUCUUUGUAUUUCAUCGGCUGAAAAUGCAUCAGAUCAUUCCUGCUUUAUACAAGGUGAGUCUCCCUUCUCUUUCCCAUAAGCUGUUAAAAAACAGUCUCUGUUAAUUAGGUGUUAAAUGAGUUUUCAAGCACAGAAUAAUUCUCAGAAGUUUAGUCAACUCUGAAAAAUAAGCACAGAUGUCUAAUACUGGAAGUAUUUUUAAUUCAGUUUAGAAAGGAGUUUUUACGUUUUGUUUGAGCAGUGUGCUAUUACCCAUUGCCAUUACUUGACACUGGGGAUGUAUUUCUUUCAUUACUUUAUUUGCUUCCAGAAGCUCCCUCCUCAUUCUCUUUACCGUCAAGCACUGAAUGUAUGGCUUGCAAAGAAUCCAUUCAUGCUCUUAUCCUCUUGUAUCUUGCUAACUUUGCUUAGUUUAGUCAAGCAGGCAAGUGCAGCAGCUUAUACCGUCUGCAGGCUCCCUGAUGCAAAGAUAGAACUUUUCAUUGUUCUAGUUCAGCAGAGAUGCACAGAACCUGGCAGCAUGUCUUUGGCAUGCAUUUUUUCUCCCCCUAGCAAGAGCUGUGACACAAAUAUUUUGUUGCCUUACCAAGCAAAGUAUUGCUCAUUUUUUAACUUCUAGCCCACAAGCAAGUAUAAUAAACAUAAAUAAAUAAAGCUCACCCAAAGCCCCUGUCUUCUCCUCAGAGUUCACAUAUUUUAGUGGCACCCAUAUAUUCUAGCUGAAAUCAAGACUUGAUCGCAUUAGUUGCCAUACAAAUGAAAGAGCUGAAUAUAUGUAGCUUUUUAUUUCAGUGGAUUGAUCUUUCCUUCAAAAAAUGCUGACUUAACAAAAGGUAAAUGCUUCAUGGGGACACCUGCUUUUUUAGUGAGACAUAACUAAGUAUAGGAAUAAAAUAAGGCUUUGAAGUCUGUUUCAAUCACAUUGAUUUUAAAAUCUGACUUCUCACACAAAUUAAUCUAAAAUAAAUUCCAGUUUUAUAAAGUUAUUAUUUUAGCUUGUAGAGUGUAGAAUGCAUUCUACAAAUAGCGUACAAUGAAAAUAGAGUCAGAAAAAACAAGUAGUUGCCCGAUAAACUCCUGUGGCAUGUUGACUUAGCUGUCAUGCAUUUUUCUGACAUAAAUAGCCAUAUUAAAGAACAGAAUAAUUUCUUAUGUUUAAGACCUCUUUUGAAUGCCAGUGGCCAAGUACUGUAUGCUAAACUGUGCCCAUUAAUGCUGAGCAGAAACAAACAGUAAACUAAUAUAUAUAUUUUAAAACAGGAUCUGUAACAGCAAAUUUUAUUCUCAGAGAUAUGGGAAAAGAUACUGUGAAGUACUUUGAGGAAUUCGGUUUGUAAUUCAAAUGUUAAACUGUCCCAGAGAAUUACACAGUUAAAAACGUUCAUACUACACAUAUGAAAUUCUGAAUGCCUUGCAUUUAACUUCAUACCAAAUCUAAAUUAUUAUUCUCAGUCUGUCCUCAUUGCAGCCUCUCUUCAAAGACCAAGGUACAGUCAUUGAACUAAAGUUCCUUAUCAUAGAGUACUCACUGCUCAAAACCCUAAACCUUUACAGACAUUUUUGAUGGACUUUAGUGAGGAAAACCUUUUAUUCCCUUUUUCCCUGUUUCUCUAUUGACGCCAGGGUAAAAAUUGGUCCAGCAGAGAUUUUGGUGGCAUAAGUGAAAUCUAAGUUUCCAUGUCCUACAAUGGCAAUGCAAGACCCAUCUUUCUAGGUUAUGUAGUUCUAAAUUUGGACAUCUGUAUUCUCCUCCUCCAUGAAACUUCUUGUCUUGGACAACAAAGUAGUGUCAAUGCCUGAAGUUGCUUUUUUUUUUUUUCCAUCUCUAACAAUAGAAAUAAUAAUUCUGUGCUUUGGAGGUUACUAACCGUUAAGAAGUUUAGAUUGUAGAUGGGAGAAGUCUUAUGGGGAGGAUCACUUUAAACAAAAGUACGAAUAUAAAUAAAUAAUAUAAAUAAUAAAAAAAUAAAAAAAAGUGAAUAUUUUGCUUGAUAUGCCAAAAAUACAUUUCCUGGUUCACUGACUUAUUAGGCUGUAUUUUCCUUACAAUUCUGUUCAAUCUGAAUGAUGCUAGUUUUUAUGUCAAUGUUAAGGCAGCCUUUGUUCAGUCACCUACAGUGAUGAGAGGUUUAGUUGGGAGCCCUGGUUAUAAAGUACUUCCAGUUAGGCUUUUUUUGUUUUUGUAAGUUUUACUUAAAAAUCGUUCACAAAUUACUUAAGCUUUAAUAAGAACAUAUCACCCUGUAGGAUUUUGGGUGCCAGGGAUAUCUUCAUUGAUUUAAUAUUUUAUGAGAAGUGUUUCUCAUUGAGCACUCACCUGUAUGUUCUUUUGUACUCUAGCUUUGCAUGAACCCGGCCAUAACCAUUAACCAUUGCAAUUUCCCAUUCCCAAGGCUUGAAUGAGAAGUAAAGGAGUGAAGUGCAAUUUUUAUUUUUUAUUUUUUUAAAUGAUGAUCACUGUAAGUGACUGGAGUUUGGUAAUGUGGGUUUUGAUUGUAGCAUCUGAGCAGUGUUUGACAAAUCCUGACCAUUAUGGCAAUUUAGAUGCUGUCUUGUUGAUUUCAAAUGACUUUCUGCGUUUAUUUUCACAUAAGUUUGAAAUGAUUAUGCUGUAAGAAUGAUAGUUUAAAAUGAUGCUUUGUUACUUUUGAAAUGAUUAGUAAGAACAGAGCUAGGUUUUGUUGCUGAAGGCUUUAGUUUUAGUCUGGUUCCUUCUGUUUGAGCAGAGAAUGAUAAAGACAAGCUUGUUUAUCUUUUAGUUUUCUAUUAAAAACAAAUAAUCCAAAUAGGAGCCAGGAUAUGUUGCCAUUUUCAACUCCACAUUCUUUGAUCAAUUGUUUGGGUGUUACAUUUUUUGUUACUUUGGCCUUAAAAUGUGUCCCUGUUAAAAACUAAAAAAUUAUUUUCCCCUUCAGCAAACAAAACCGACUUUUAGAUUAACAGUUUUAUUUAUGUUUUUUUUCUUUAAUGUUGUUGCCUACAAUUUUUUUGCUUAGGAAGACAUUCCUGCAUUGCAACUUGCAUGUCAGUAGCCGUCUACAGAUGAGUAAUUCUGAGUUAUCCACUGGCUUGAGCAUUUCAUAACAAGAAUACAGUGUCAAAAAAAAAAAGAAAUGGAAAAAAAACCAAAUCCACCAAAUACAAGUCUAUCAUGUUUCAGAAAUGCUUUCCUGAAUGUCUGUACAGAUAGAACUAAAGUCAUUUACCUGUUCUGGAACUUGUGUUUUGCAUUUUCUCAAUGUGGGAAGGUAAUUGUAGAAAGAAAAACAUCAGAUAUCACUAAGAGCAGUCCAGAAAAAUGUGAUGGUCUUUAUAAUAGUGUAAAAAAGCGUAGAAUGGAACCACGGAAGAGAGGAAAAUAAUUCUAAAAGAUGGUUGGCUUAAAUCUGUUCUAAGUAUACAGUAACAAUAUGAAACUGAUAGCAGAAGAAAGGGCAUGCCACAGCAUCUGUGGAAUGGCAGGAAGGAACUAUCCCUUUCAAUCUACCUAACCUUAAUCUAAACCCUGUUCAGCUGAGCUGACACAUCUGUUUCAUAUGCUGUGCUGCAAACUGGAACUUAGAGGAAAUGCUGGUAAUAAAAAACCAUGAAAAACAAAUAUCCCAGAUAGGGCUUUAGGAAUUAUUUUAAACCUGAAUCAACACUGUAUCCAUUCUCUAUCUGUAUCCAGUUUUGACACUGUAUUCAGUUUUCCUUGCUCUGCAAACAGCUGUACUGGGGAAUUUUGGGAGGAAAGUUGAAGUGAGAGGACCUCAGAAUGAGACAUUUGGGGCAGUGGGUGGUUAAGGACUUGGGCUUUUGUCUGUAAGCCUUUUGAGAACGCACUGCUGGGGGAACUGAGACCCAAUUAGUUAUGUACCAGGAACAGUAAAACCACUGAAUGCCUUCAUUGAUGGUUAGAGAGGAUGGGUUGGUAACAGCAGCCUUAAAAGUGCUCCAGCUGGUGGUAGAGAUGCACAGGGGGUGGUGGUAAGUCUCUUUCUUUCAUUUUGUUCUUAUCAUUGGUCCAAGUGAGAAAUAGAUGUGAAAUGGUGGCUCUGACACAAGACCAGUAGCUGUUUACUGGGCUCACACCUGUUGUCAUGACGAGUCAGUGAUGUGUCACUUGAUGUGCCAUGUCAAGUCCUUGCAUUUUGAGAGGAGUGACGGCUUUUGAAUGAGGCAGCUGCAGAGAAGGACCACCAGCAGAGCAGAUUAAUAUUACCCUUUAUUUAAAGCUAUUUUUAAUGCACUUUUAAAAGUGUAUAUCAUAGCUACUUAUUAAACUCUCCAGCUCUUUUCCCUGUCAUCUAUGUACUGGUUAUUCGGUAGAACUUGGCUGCUGAUCUUUUUUCCUUUGCCAAGUCUUGUUGUAUUCCUGUCUGCCUGUGAUACUCAAGCUCUGGCUGGCAAAAAUGUCAGUCUCAAUGCAGUUUGAUUUGGUUAGUUCUAUUUUAUUCUAUCUGACUCAUUUUCAAAGUGCACUCUGAUAAGAAAGUACUUGCUGUCUUAAAACAACAGAAUUUGAUGGAAGUGUGUUUAUUGCAGAUGUAAAUAAGUUGUUUGGAAUGGCAGCAAUUAAAAAAAAAAAAAUGUGGCUCAGUACUGGACAAAGCAUUCCUUACUGAAGAAAGCUGAGAUUUUGUUUUGAUUUUCACCAUUCUAGGCCUUGAGUUGUUUCUGUCUUAAGUUGCGUAGCAGGUAUGCAGAUUGAUUGAGUUGCCAUGUGUUGUGUGUAUCUAAUGGUUGUACCUGUCAGCAGUUAGACUUGCACAAAUUAAACCAUCGUAAGUAUGGGGAUGGGAGGGGGAGUCUGAAUACGACAGAGAGCUGUGAUCAAGUCUGUGAUUAUGGAAACUAUGCAGAUUCAGAGGCCUUAAUUCUUUUGUACUUGCAGUACCCAGCUUGAGAGCCGAGCCAUUAAUCAACAUUGCUGUAGACAAUCUUCUGUCCAAUUAGUUGUACAAAGCUAAUAUAAGCCCAACUGUGCUGUCCUUUAUUCCUCUUUAUUUUUUUUUAAGUGAAAAUGGAGCUGGACAAUGUUAGCAGUUAAAAAGACGGGACAAAUACAUUUAAAAUUCAUUUUUAAUAUAAUGGUGAUUAUAAAAUAUUUAUUGCUCUGUGGUUUGUGUACAAACUGCCUUUUAGAAAUAACUGUACCAGAUGUAUGUUCCAUUAAUGUUCCUCUGUUACAGUAUAGUAAUGUUUUACCAGAUCAACAUAGCCUUAGUACAGGGGGAUUGUUAUACUAAAAGAAAGAGACCUCUCUUUUUCCAUCACUGAUCUGAUUAACCCCCUCCUCCCCACAGGAGGUCUAUCUCGUGUGGAAUUAGUUAUUGUUGUCUAUAACUUAAUGUGAACCACAAAUUGGAUUGCAGGAUGCAUUAUCUAACCUUCUGUGCUAUUAUAACAGUAUUGGUUUUGUAAAAAGCAAUUUUAUUGGAAGUCUAUAUUUUAUUUAAGGUAAUGAUGGAAACCCUCGGCCUGCAUGGAUGACAUAGUCAACCACUAAACCAACCUUUUUAAAGCACUGCUUUCUUUUAUGAUCUUGGAACAACUUCAGUUGUGAGUGAGAUAUGUACGAUUGCUGCGCAAAAUAGGACUUUCUGUAUAUUAGAUAAAGCUACUGAUUUUUGAGAACAUUCCAGACAUGAAAUAAAUCACUUUCUCCAUUCUUUGAAGCAGAUGUCUUUUGAAGUAUCACAUAUUGGUAAACAAUUUCAAAAUAAAAUGCUGCUCUUGAUUUAAACUUGCUGUUGUAUUCUUCUCUUCUGAGGAGCUUAAGGGCCUUAGCGGUAGGACUUGGUGGUUUUUCUCCUUUUCUCCAUCU